AAAAACAAAAAUAAAAAUAAAGAAUACGAAGAAUCAAGAGUAUCGAGCGAAGUAGAAGAAGAAGUGCGGUGUGCGGUGAUUGACGCAAGUAGAAAAUAGUUUGAUGUAUUUGUGCAGACGGAUUCUCGAGAACGUUCGCGCUUAUGCGUGCAUGAUAAGGGGUCUGUGGGGGCCCUCUGGGCUAGAGAAGGGUGGCUGGAAAGGUGGAAAGGAGGAAAAGAGUGGAAAAACCAGGCUCCGCCAGGCUGGAGGGUGAAAACGUGCCACCUUCUCUUUGGGAACGACUCGAGCUGGAUCUCGAGGAAAGUAAAGCUAGCCUCAUCGAAAGAGGAAGAGGAAGAGAAAGUGGAAGAGGAAGUGGAAGUGGAAGUGGAAGUGGAAGAAGAAGAGGAGGAGGAAGAAGAAGAGGAAGAAUCGAGGAACUACUAGAGAAAGGUGGAAGAAGACAGGGAGAAAGAAAAAGAGGGAAAAAAAGGAGAAGGAGAAGAAGAAGAAAAGGUGGAAGAGAAGAUAAGAGGUUGCUCGAAUUGCUACCGGUGGUUGCUACUUGGCCAACGGAGCGUCGAGAGUAUCGAGAGUCGAAAAUCGAGGAAAGAAAAUCGAUUUUGUUCGAAGGUUGAUGCGCGUCCACGGGUGACACCGAACUCGUGCGGGAGAGUCCAACAGACAUGAAUAUAACUUUGGCGACGGAGAUACCCAGCAACGACACCUACAACGUUAGCAACGGUCUCGACUGCGGCGGAGAGCCAUAUCAGUAUGGGAUAUUGGAAAGAGUUGGGAUAGUGAUUGUCGCGAUCAUCUUGAGUCUCGUCACGGUGAUCGGCAACAUUAUGGUUAUGAUAUCAUUUAAGAUCGACAAGCAAUUACAAACUAUCUCGAAUUACUUUCUGUUCAGUCUCGCGGUAGCCGAUUUCGCGAUAGGUCUGAUCUCUAUGCCACUUUUCACGGUUUACACCGUGUUAGGUUAUUGGCCAUUGGGCCCAUACGUUUGCGACACGUGGCUCGCCCUCGAUUAUCUCGCGAGCAACGCGUCGGUUCUAAAUCUUCUAAUCAUCAGUUUCGAUAGAUAUUUCUCGGUAACGAGGCCGCUUACAUACAGGGCGAGAAGGACGACUUUAAAGGCUGCCAUUAUGAUAGGAUGCGCGUGGGGUAUCUCGUUACUUCUUUGGCCGCCUUGGAUUUACGCUUGGCCUUACAUCGAGGGCCAAAGAACUGUGCCAAUCAAUGCCUGCUACAUUCAGUUCAUCGAAACGAAUCAUUACAUCACAGUCGGCACCGCGAUAGCCGCAUUCUAUGUGCCAGUCACCGUGAUGAUUAUACUUUACUGGCGAAUAUGGAAAGAAACGAAAAAACGACAGAGGGACUUGCCAAAUCUCCAAGCCGGGAAACAGGAUGCAAGCAAACGCAGUAACUCCAGGUUUGACGAGGCCUUAGAUAUGGACGAUUGCAAGAGACCUCGAAGUGAGUCUAGUACAGGUGCUGAUGACGUACAUGCUCAACAUCUCGCUGCUUCUUACAUCGAGAGACAUUAUCCUGAAUACGCUGGUAAGCAUAGACCAUUUUCAUGGACGUGGCUAAAACUAUGGUGCAUCGCGUGGUGGCACAGUGGUCGCGAAGACGAAGAAGAAGACGAGGAUGUUUGUGGACCGGAAAGCAGUCGUACAGCUCAUGGUUACGAGGACACACUUACGCCAUUGUCCGCGGAAACACCAUUAACAAGCACGGUCUCGAGAUGUGAUUCCCUCAGUGCCAUGCAUUCGACGGCAUUGACUAUCGAAAAGACUGUUGGCACCGGAGAACAUCUAGAGUCGAGAAAGUCUGCUCGAUCCGGCGAACUCUCCACAAAAAGCAUCUCUAGCGACUCCGUCUACACGAUCGUGAUAAAUCUUCCAACGAGGGAGACCAACGGUGGCAGCAAGUAUAGCGAAGUACGGCCAAGUAUAAAGAUGUACCACGAGGAUGCGGUGACCUUUCAGUUACACGGUACGAUAGAAGACGAGGAGACUUUGACAAGUCCGUCAUCGAUGAUCAGGCGUCCCUCGCAAAUGCCGGACAUAAGGAUACCAUUGAGCGCAAAGAAUAUACCGAAGACUUUACCUGCUGGCAAGGGUAUACUUAACAAGGAUAAACCGAAUCAAAAGAAGAAGAAGAAGAUACAGGAGAAGAAGGCCGACAGUAAAGCAGCUAAGACACUCUCUGCGAUUCUAUUGGCGUUCAUCAUAACGUGGACACCGUAUAACAUUCUCGUUCUCCUUAAAUCGAUCACCGCCUGCUCCUGGUACAUACCCCAACAAUUGUGGGACUUUGUCUAUUACCUUUGCUACAUCAACAGUACUGUGAAUCCAAUGUGUUACGCUUUGUGCAACGCGGCCUUCAGGAGGACCUAUAUGAGAAUCCUCGAGUGCAAGUGGCACAGUAGAAACAGAACCGCGGUCGAUAGAGGAUGAUGUCAGUAAAUACGAGUGCUUCGAAAAACAGAACUGAACGAAAAAAAAAAAAGAGAGAAGAAAGAGAAAAAGAAAAGCGAAAUCUAUUCCUAUGUAACAUCCACGUUCUUCUCUCCAAAAAACCACUGUCCUUAAUGUCCACCCCGACGCUUUUCCUUUCGCCGACAAAAGGAAAAGAGUUUACAUCGAAGCACCGUACCGUUCUCUUAUUACUUUUACCCUUCGCAAUCCCUUCGAUCCCUAUAACCUCUUCCUUCCUACCUAGUCCGCGAAAAAAAUCUUCUUUUUUCUAAACGUGUUGUUUCUCUCCGAGCGCACGAAUCGAACGAGGAAAUCGAGCUGCUCGACUUUCGGAGUCUUAACAGAUAUUUACCAAUUAUAAACUUGCAAAGUGAACAAGGAGAACGGAAAAGAAAAAAAAAAAAGAAAAAAGAAGAAAUCGUGUAAUACGGGAAGAUACUCGGAACACUUUUCUCUUCUAUUUUAAACGAAGAACGAUCGAGGAACGCUCGCGAUAUAAAAAUGUAAAGAAAACUUGUUUCUUUCCUUUCUCGUCGUCGUUAUUUUACUUAUUAAUUCUAAUGGACUCCGAAAGAAAAAUUCAUAAUAAUGAAGGAGGAUUAAUUAAGCUAACGAAACUAUACGCAGCACGAUUUCCGAGUUUUGAAAGUAACGCUAAUCGUGGAUACUGCCAUGAACAUAACGUUUUAUUAGUACCUCCUUGUGCCGAUGCGAAAAGCAAGGUAUUCGGAUUAUUAAACGUAAACACAGACGCACACACAUACUCACACACAAAGAGAACACGUGUAACACUAACACGAAUUAAUCUACGUACAGAUAAAUGCAAAAACGUUCGGACACACCGCACGUGACACUCAAUACACUUAUACAUAAGUAACAUGCAUAUAUACAUAUACAUACAUAUACAUAUACUGGUACUGAUUUAAUGAAAUCAGUCCGAAAUUUGUCCCGCGAAUCAUGGCCGGUUUCUCCACAAAUCGAGAAAAAAAAAGAAAAUAGACAGUAAAAAAAAAAAAAAUGGUCCUCGUAAGCGUUUUGUUUCUCGAGAUUCUAAAGAUUAUAUAAUCUUGGAGGCCGGCAUGGAAGAGCGGGUAAAACGCUAAAUCGCACAAAAAAGUAUUUAAGUCUCGAAAAAUAUUAUAUACAUAAAUAUAAUAUAUGAAAACGAUAUACCGUAGUCCGAUCGAUAAAGCGAAGUAGAUGAAGUUCUUCUCCUUUGAUCGGGAGGGAGGGGUGAGAGCGAAAGAAAAGGAGAAAAAGAAA